CAGCAGCAGCAGCAGCAGCAUUAACCACAGAAAAAGCUCCGCACAUGAAGCUGCACUGACUAAGAAAAGAUUCCAUGCUGACUGAAAAUCCUCGCUCCUCUCAUUGCGUUUCUCUAACCGGACAUUACAAACAAGUGGCAAAUGUUGAGUUGAGUGCAGCAGCAGAGGCAGCAGAAGCAGCAACAGCAGGACCACUUCAGGCACUCAAACUCAAAAAGACUUCAGAGGAACUUCUUGUAAAGUCAUAAAGAUCAAACCAGCUGUUCUUAGAUUGUUCCACUCCAGGAUGGGUUGUUCUUCAGGUCGCCAGCCUCCAGCCUCGGUCUUUCACCCCGACUUGGAUCGUAACGAGACCAACACUUUGCCUCAGGACUCGGAGAAUCAGAAUCAACUUAUGAACGGUAUUGGAGAAGGAGCAGUAGGUGAGGAAGAAGAAAGAGGUGGUGAAGAAGAAGAAGAAGAAGAAGAGGGUGAAAACGGGAGCUCUGGAAGAGACCGAGACCCCAAACCUCCAGAGACUCUACCCACACUGGAGCGUCUGGCUCAGGCUACAGGUGGGACAGAAAAGUCCUGGUACCGAUGCGUGUUCCCCUUUGGUGUCAUCUCCCUGGUGAUCGGCAUGGCAGGAACCGGAGUGACAUUCACCUUCAACACACUCCUCCAGACCAAGGUGGUGUCGGUGGCACUGCUGUGUGCUGGUGUGCUGAUGCUGCUGGUGGCUGCCGUUUGCUGGAGGACUCACAGACUGAGGAGGAGGAAGAAGAAGGAAGGAGGCUUCUUCACCGCCGAUCAAGGGACUUUGUGA